UCUCUCCAUACCGCAUCUGUGUUUCCUUGUGUUGUGUUUUGGAGCUCCAGGCGUAGCCAUGGCUGAGGUACGGGCCACCAUGGUGGUCGGGCCGCUGGUGUCCAUGGUGAAGGAGAAGGCCUCCAGCUACCUCCUGGACCAGUACAAGGUGAUGGAGGGUAUGGAGGAGCAGCACGAGGUCCUCAAGCGCAAGUUGUUGCACAUCCUGGACGUCAUCACUGACGCCGAGGAGCAGGCAGCAGCCAAGAGAGAAGGGGCGAAAGCUUGGCUGGAGAAGGUCCGGAAGGUUGCCUACCAAGCGAAUGAUGUCCUCGACGAGUUCAAGUAUGAGGCGCUGCGCCGCAAAGCCAAGAAGGAGGGCCGCUACAAGGACUUCGGCAUAGAUGGCCACCAGAGCCCACAAAUUACAUGAGGCAGAAUAAUUCUCAUAUCAUCGACCCUGUGAACAUUGCCAAAGAAUCAAGAGCCCGAGAGAAGAAGGAUGUUGUUGAUAGAUUACUUGCCCAAGCUAGCAGCUCGGAUCUCACGAUCCUUCCCAUCGUCGGAAUGGGAGGGUUGGGCAAGACC